AUGUCCGCGCCGUCGCUCGCACCCUUCAUUCUCAAGCGCCCCUGGCUGCAGAAGUUCGUGUCGCCACUCGCCAAGUGGUAUGUGAACGCUGCGGGCUACAGGCAACUCGGAUUGAGGGCCGAUGAUUUGAUCCCGGAAGAGAACAACACUGUUCAGCUUGCCCUCAAGCGUCUCCCACCGAAGGAGGCUUACGACCGUGUCUUCCGUCUGCGACGAGCUUUCCAGUUGUCCGUUGCACACCAGCUUCUCCCCAAGGCGGAGUGGACCAAGCCGGAAGAAGACACCCCAUACCUAACCGAAGCCAUCCAGACGGUCGAGGCCGAGAUGAAGGAGCGUGAGGAUUUGGAGGCCAUGGUGAUCACCAAGAGGCAGCGAAUUGCCAAGGUUGCCCACUAGAAAGGGCGUAAAUAAGACCGUUAUCGAAUUUCCUUUGAAUCAGUGGAGGUGGAGGGAGGGAAAAACUGUGCAUUAGAGUGUAUAUCAGCAAGACAUCUCCUUCGCAGUACUGUUCUGAUACUACGAUCCCCAACGACUUUGGAUCAAAUCAAGAUUUGCCACAUUAUAGUAUUUCGUUCCAAGACCGUCUUGUGAAUUGCCG